AAAUCAGAGUCAUCAGUUGGUAUAUUUUAAACACUAAAAGAAAGAAAGAGCAAGAGAGAAAAAAAUGGCGUUUUGGUUUCUCAUUCUCCUCUCCGUAGUGUCAAGUUCCUUAGCUGGUAAAAGUGAUAUCGCUUCGACGAAAUUGAAGACUACGGAUGGUAAGGAGGAAAUUGUCAUCCCGAGAGAUACACCAACUCGCAUAGAACUGCUUAUGACGUUGACAAAUCAUGGACCUGAUGAUUUAUUUGCAAGUGGAAAGAACCUUGACAACUUUCUCUUCAGAGUAGAAAUCGUUGAAUCAGGUAACGAGGGAGCUGUAAAUGACUAUAAAAUAGCGUCUUCAAACAACGUUGAUAUGGGACUUCUAGAUGGUGAAAGCAGACAAAUUGAUCUUGAAACUGAAAAGUUGGUUAUUACUAGCGCUCAGUGUUCAAAGAAUAUGAAGCUUUGUGCCUGUACUAAGCCCGUCAAAAAUAUCAUUCCACCAGCACAAGUUAAAGCAUCUUAUGAAGAUACAAAUGUUGCCAAUGACGUUACUUGUAUGAGUAUUAGCUGUGCUGGAGGAAGCAGCAGUAGCGGUGAUCCACAUAUUCUUGUAUACGGAAAAGCCGCAACUGACCCACUAUGUUUUGACAUUUUUGGCUACCCUGGCAGACAAUUCAUCAUGUUGAAUGACACUGUUGGAGGUUGGGGCAUGUAUGCAUCAAGUCUUGAUGAUAAAUACUUCCAUAUCGUUGUUGUUGAGACGAGAACUUCGCACGUUACCAUCGAUACCCGCGGAGUACCAAACACUGGUCUUACUUGGAAGACUGGUGGAGAAGCCCGAAUCGGAGAUAUCACCGUUAAUCAUGAAGCUAACUCAAAGAAGAUGAGAGUUGAAACUGGUAGUGAAGAACGCAAAGUUGUGUUUUUGAUCAGCCUUGAAAAACACUCUAUUUCUACUAAACACUUGGACAUCCAGGUUGAAGAACACAGAAUCCUUGAUGAAAACGUCGGCGGUUUGCUUGGACACGCCAAAAAGAAUUACGUAGGAGCUAAAGGUGCAGUACAAAAUGUACCUUCGGCCUACGGAGCCGUUAAGAUCGGAGAUCGUUUCUUUGGAGCAAGAUCUGCACAGAGAGGAAAUAAGAACUGCUGGCUCGUUAGUCCAGAAGAAGCUCUCUAUCCAUACACUAGCGAAAUGUUCUUGGUUCCUGAAGAUGACGAAGAUAUGAGCUUUAGCGUUGUUUAAACACUUAGCUUAGAUGACGAACUCAAGUGCCAUAAACUGAUGACUUUAUUUUCUUCUUGUGCUCUCCUAUAUAAUCUGAGUUGAAAAUUUUACUAGUUUGUGCCGUUAAACGUUCAAUAAUUUUACUUAGAUUAGUUGGAUUCUACCAACUCGUCAUUCGUUUACCUGUUGGCAUUGUCUUAAAAAUUUAUUUUUACGAUAAUGUUUACACCUAGUCUGCGCUUAAUUGAGUUUGCCUAUGUGUAUAAACUGUGUUAACGACUUUUCGUAUAUUUUUAUAUGAAUUGAUGUGACUGAGGGCAAGAAUACACUUUUCACUUUUUACUUAAAUUUUUUUGUUUAAAAUUUUUUCGUCUUUAUCGUUUUCGCUAACUAUGUAGGAACCGGAAGAUGAUGAAAAAAUGGUGGUAGACAAUCGUUGAGAUCUGUCCUGGUUUUUUCUACUUGGAUCCCUGCUUUUCUAAUGGAAAAAUUGACUUGAAGGUAAAAUAUGGCUUUAUUGAAAGAAAUUACCUGUAAGCUCUCCAUGGUUUUUGCCUCUUGGUGUUUGAGUUUAUGCGCUUGGGUAUUUGCCGCCUGAUUGUUUUGGAUUCGAGAUAGUAAAGUAUUCUCUGAACGAUCAUAGAGUAGUUUUGAGAUGCUAGAAUUUAUACUGUUUUCCUUUGACUUUGAAUAUCUAUAACUGCAGUAGAAACCGCAAGAUACUCCUAAAAUUAUACCCACAAUGAGCGUGCCUGAUGAUAAUAAAAAUAGCAUUGCGUAAUUGACGUCUCUCUCUUUACUUCCUUUGAUCUUGGAUUGAAGAUUAAUUGUUAGAUUUUUCAACGCUUCUAGUUUACAUUUCUUUCCCGACACAUACUUCAAAAACCCUUUAUGGCAUUUAUAGACGCCAGUUUCUGUUUUUUUUGAAGUCUUCUCACGACCUUUUUCAUUCGGUUUAUCUGAUUUACUCGAGCUGAUAAACGACCUCGUAACUAUCUUUGAAGAACGACUAUCCAUUGCAUGAUGUGUAGGACGAUAAUUUUUACAGUUAUUCGAACAGUCGAAACCAUAGGUGCCUUCCGGACACAACUCUGUACAACCUUUUCCAGUAUAACCAGGUAAACAUUUAACAUUAAGACAAUAACCAGUGAUAGGAUUACAAUUUCCAUAGUUGUGAAAGCAGAAGCCACAUUUUUUUUGGCAAUUUUCACCGAAUUCCCCACUUUCACACGUUAGUGAGCAGUUUUUUCCCUUAAAACCAGACUUGCAGAGACCGUCUCGGCAAUAUCCACUAACCGGAUCGCAGUCUUUUCGUUUGCAGUUUGCUGAACACUUUAAAGAGCAAUCUCUUCCAUAGCUUCCAAUAGGACAAGGGGUAUCACACUUUGAGCUAAUGAAUCCUGCUAGACAUCUCUGCUCUCGAACUGGACACAAGCCAGUAACCUUGUCGCAAGCCGCUCCUCCCCAACAUGCUCCACAAGACCUUUUACAACUUGGACCAUAUUUUCCCCGUGGACAUUCUUCUUGGCACCGUGAUCCUAGCCAUCCAGCAUCACAUGAUAAUUUAAAACAAUAUCCGUUCUUAGGAUCGCAAACUGGUUUGGCCAUUUUAAAUAAACAUCGCUUGCUGCAGGCAAAUUGACAAUUUCUUCCCCAUAGGCCAUUGGCGCAAACAUUCUUGCACCUCGGUCCUGAAUAACCAUCAUCACAACCAAAAUUUAAAGGUUUACAGAAUCCAGUUACAGAAUCGCACGAAUUUCUACCAGAAGAGCAAAAGCCACACCGCUCUAAGCAUUUUAAACCAUAGAAUCCUCUAGGACAGGCUUCAUUACAUUUAGGUCCAAUGAAUCCAGGUUUGCAAUGUUGUCCCGGACAUUCACCUGUUGCGUGGUGGCAAGGUAAGCUUUUACAAUUGUCACUACACACGUUGUUACAACCAUUUCCCCAAAGACCGGAUGCACAAAGGCUUUGGCAUUGAUCCCCUGUAUAUCCAGCCCUACAUCUCAGAUUUGGACAGUUGCCUGUCACUGCGUCGCACGGCUCUUCGAGGCAGUUUUGUGAGCAGCGUUUAUUGCAGCCUUGUCCAAAAGUUCCAGGUGAACAGAUGCUAUUACAAAAAGGUCCAUGCCAUCCAGCGGGACAACCAUUUAAGCAAAUACCAUUAGUUUUAUUACAAAUAUUAUGAGCACAUUUAUUACAUUUCAAUGAACAAUUUUGACCAAAAAAUCCACUGGAGCAACUUCUAGAACAAUACGAUCCCACAUAUCCCUUUUUACAAAUAUUCCUUAAACAAAUACCAUUUGUUGGAUCACAUCCAAUCUG